AAUUCCCCCGAGGGCACCGAGGGGCUCUGCAACCACCAGCAGCCUCCGGGCGCCGGGGACGGCCGCGGUGGGGCGCAGAGCGGGGAGGGGACACGGAGGGGGGAGCGGAGGAGGCGGGAGGAGGAGCAAAGGUGUUGGAGAGAAAACUUCUGAAAGGAACAGGAAACCUGCCGGGGAAGCGGCGGCUGCGGCUCUCGGGGCGCCGGGGCUGCGCACGUCGCGGGGUGUCCGCAGCAGCGGCUUCGCUCCUGGUCAGCUCCCCCGGCGCGGGGGCAGGACUGAGCCACGACACUCGGUCACUCAGGCCGUGCCCUUCGCCGCCGCUGUCGGCGCUGCUGCCGUGCGCUCCGUUCCGCCUCUGCCGCGGCGGCUCCCCGGAGAAGGGAAGAGGAGGGACGUCUACUUUGGAGCAUGAAGCAGCAUGUCUGAUAAAAUGUCCAGCUUCCUCUACAUAGGGGACAUCGUGUCCCUGUACGCAGAGGGCUCGGUCAACGGCUUCAUCAGCACCCUGGGGUUAGUGGAUGACAGAUGUGUUGUGCACCCGGAGGCAGGAGACCUCGCCAACCCUCCCAAAAAAUUCAGAGACUGCCUCUUUAAGGUGUGCCCUAUGAACCGAUAUUCUGCCCAGAAACAAUAUUGGAAAGCUAAGCAAGCCAAACAGGGGAACCACACAGAGGCAGCCUUGCUGAAGAAAUUACAGCAUGCUGCAGAACUGGAACAAAAACAAAAUGAAUCAGAGAAUAAGAAACUGUUGGGAGAAAUUGUGAAAUACAGUAAUGUUAUACAACUGCUGCAUAUAAAAAGCAACAAGUAUCUGACUGUCAACAAGAGAUUACCUGCUUUACUGGAGAAGAAUGCCAUGCGUGUGUCCUUGGAUGUUGCAGGAAACGAAGGGUCUUGGUUUUAUAUUCAUCCCUUCUGGAAGCUGAGAAGUGAGGGUGACAAUAUUGUUGUGGGUGAUAAAGUUGUUUUGAUGCCUGUGAACGCAGGACAACCACUGCAUGCCAGCAACAUAGAGCUUCUCGAUAACCCAGGAUGUAAGGAGGUGAAUGCCGUUAAUUGCAACACUAGCUGGAAAAUCACUUUAUUCAUGAAAUAUAGUUCCUAUCGAGAGGAUGUACUAAAAGGAGGUGAUGUUGUUAGGUUGUUUCAUGCAGAACAAGAGAAGUUUCUGACUUGUGAUGAAUAUGAGAAAAAACAGCACAUCUUCCUUCGGACAACCUUGCGUCAGUCAGCUACUUCUGCUACCAGUUCUAAAGCGCUCUGGGAAAUAGAGGUCGUUCACCAUGACCCAUGCCGCGGGGGUGCUGGACAAUGGAACAGCUUGUUCAGAUUUAAACACCUUGCAACUGGGAACUAUUUAGCUGCAGAGCUUAAUCCUGAUUAUCGAGAUGCUCAAAAUGAAGGAAAAAAUGUGAGAGAUGGAGAUCUUCCAACUUCAAAGAAGAAACGCCAGGCCGGGGAGAAGAUUAUGUAUACUUUAGUGUCAGUCCCACAUGGAAAUGACAUUGCAUCCCUUUUUGAACUGGAUGCCACAACUCUUCAGAGAGCUGACUGCCUGGUUCCAAGGAACUCAUAUGUCCGGUUGAGGCAUUUAUGUACCAACACGUGGGUAACAAGUACUAGUAUCCCCAUAGACACAGCUGAGGAGAGACCUGUUAUGUUGAAGAUUGGAACUUGCCAAACAAAAGAAGAUAAAGAAGCAUUUGCCAUUGUGUCUGUCCCGUUGUCUGAGGUCCGAGACUUAGACUUUGCCAAUGAUGCAAAUAAAGUGCUGGCGACCACAGUUAAAAAGCUGGAAAAUGGUACAAUAACUCAGAAUGAAAGGAGGUUUGUGACCAAAUUAUUGGAAGACCUCAUCUUCUUUGUGGCUGAUGUACUUAAUAAUGGACAGGAAGUUCUGGAUGUGGUUAUCACUAAGCCAAACCGAGAACGUCAAAAAUUAAUGAGGGAACAAAACAUACUGGCACAGGUUUUUGGGAUUCUUAAAGCACCCUUUAAGGAGAAGGCGGGAGAAGGCUCAAUGCUGAGACUUGAAGAUCUGGGGGACCAAAGAUACGCUCCCUACAAAUAUAUGCUGAGGUUGUGUUACCGUGUGCUGAGACAUUCACAGCAGGACUACCGGAAAAAUCAGGAAUAUAUUGCUAAGAAUUUCUGUGUCAUGCAGUCCCAGAUUGGCUAUGAUAUUUUGGCAGAAGAUACCAUCACAGCUUUGUUGCACAACAACAGAAAACUACUAGAGAAACAUAUCACAGCAAAAGAAAUAGAAACAUUUGUCAGUUUACUCAGGAGAAAUCGUGAGCCAAGGUUUUUGGAUUAUUUAUCAGAUCUGUGUGUAUCUAAUACCACUGCUAUACCUGUAACUCAAGAACUCAUCUGUAAAUUUAUGUUGAGCCCAGGCAAUGCAGACAUUCUCAUUCAAACUAAGCUGGUCUCAAUGCAAGUAGACAACCCCAUGGAGAGCUCCAUCCUUUCAGAUGACAUUGAUGAUGAAGAAGUUUGGCUCUAUUGGAUUGACAGCAACAAGGAACCUCAUGGCAAAGCUAUCAGGCACCUUGCUCAAGAAGCAAAAGAAGGCACCAAAGCUGAUUUGGAAGUUCUUACCUAUUAUAGGUACCAGCUAAACCUCUUUGCAAGGAUGUGCUUGGAUCGCCAGUAUCUGGCCAUAAACCAGAUUUCUACGCAGCUCUCAGUGGACUUGAUCCUGCGGUGUGUGUCGGAUGAGAGCCUGCCAUUUGACCUCCGGGCGUCUUUUUGUCGCCUCAUGCUCCACAUGCAUGUUGACCGGGAUCCCCAGGAGUCUGUGGUGCCUGUUCGCUAUGCCAGGCUCUGGACCGAAAUUCCCACAAAGAUCACAAUUCAUGAAUAUGAUUCUAUAACAGACUCUUCCAGAAAUGAUAUGAAGAGGAAAUUUGCACUGACGAUGGAAUUUGUUGAAGAAUACUUGAAAGAAGUUGUAAAUCAGCCCUUUCCUUUUGGGGAUAAAGAAAAAAACAAACUGACAUUUGAGGUGGUCCACUUGGCUCGGAAUCUUAUAUACUUUGGAUUUUAUAGCUUCAGUGAAUUGUUAAGACUAACAAGAACACUUCUAGCUAUCCUAGAUAUUGUACAGGCCCCCAUGUCAUCGUAUUUUGAAAGAUUAAGCAAAUUUCAAGAUGGAGGAAACAAUGUCAUGAGAACCAUCCACGGGGUGGGAGAGAUGAUGACCCAAAUGGUACUCAGUAGAGGCUCUAUCUUCCCCAUGAGUGUGCCCGACGUUCCGCCCAGCAUCCACCCCAGCAAGCAGGGGAGCCCCGUAGAGCAUGAAGAUGUGACCGUGAUGGACACCAAACUGAAGAUCAUUGAGAUUUUGCAGUUUAUCCUGAGUGUCCGACUAGAUUAUAGGAUCUCGUAUCUGCUGUCAAUAUAUAAGAAGGAAUUUGGAGAGAACAACGAAAACAUGGAAACAUCCACCAGCGGUUCUCCAGAUACGUUACUACCAUCAGCUAUUGUUCCUGAUAUAGAUGAAAUUGCAGCCCAGGCAGAAACUAUGUUUGCUGGAAGAAAGGAGAAAAAUCCAGUUCAACUUGAUGAUGAAGGAGGCAGGACCUUUUUACGGGUCCUCAUUCAUCUGAUCAUGCAUGACUACCCUCCUUUGCUCUCAGGAGCCCUGCAACUACUGUUCAAGCACUUCAGCCAGAGAGCAGAAGUUUUACAGGCAUUUAAACAGGUGCAAUUGCUGGUGUCCAAUCAAGAUGUAGAUAACUACAAGCAAAUCAAGGCAGAUCUAGACCAGCUUCGACUAACUGUAGAAAAAUCUGAGCUGUGGGUUGAGAAGAGCAGCAACUUUGAGAAUGGAGAAAUGGGUGAAAGUCAAGUAAAAGGUGGUGAAGAGCAAAUUGAGGAAUCAAGCAUUUUAAGUCCAGUGCAGGAUGGAACAAGGAAACCUCAGAUUGACAGCAAUAAGAGCAAUAACUACCGGAUUGUAAAAGAGAUUUUGAUUAGACUAAGUAAACUCUGUGUCCAGAAUAAAAAGUGUCGGAAUCAACAUCAACGAUUACUGAAAAAUAUGGGAGCUCAUUCGGUGGUGUUGGAUCUUCUGAAGAUACCCUAUGAAAAGAAUGAUGAAAAGAUGAACGAAGUGAUGAAUCUGGCCCACACAUUCCUGCAGAAUUUCUGUCGGGGAAAUCCACAGAACCAAGUGCUCCUUCAUAAACAUCUGAAUUUGUUUUUAACCCCCGGUCUUCUGGAAGCAGAAACCAUGCGGCACAUCUUCAUGAACAAUUACCAUCUCUGCAAUGAGAUCAGCGAGAGAGUUGUGCAACACUUUGUGCACUGCAUCGAGACACACGGCCGCCACGUGGAGUACCUGAGGUUUUUGCAAACGAUUGUAAAAGCAGAUGGUAAAUAUGUGAAGAAAUGCCAGGAUAUGAUAAUGACAGAGUUGAUAAAUGGGGGUGAAGAUGUGCUGAUCUUUUACAAUGAUAGAGCAUCAUUUCCCAUCCUUCUCCAUAUGAUGUGUUCAGAGAGAGACCGAGGGGAUGAGAGUGGCCCCUUAGCUUACCACAUCACCCUGGUGGAGUUGCUAGCAGCAUGCACAGAGGGGAAAAAUGUCUACACCGAAAUCAAGUGCAAUUCCCUUCUGCCCUUGGACGACAUAGUGAGGGUGGUGACCCACGAUGACUGCAUCCCUGAGGUUAAAAUUGCUUAUGUGAAUUUUGUUAAUCACUGUUAUGUGGACACUGAAGUGGAAAUGAAAGAAAUCUACACCAGUAACCACAUUUGGAAAUUAUUUGAGAACUUCUUGGUGGACAUGGCCAGGGUUUGCAACACAACCACAGACCGGAAACAUGCAGACACCUUCUUGGAGAAGUGUGUCACUGAGUCAAUAAUGAACAUUGUGAGCGGCUUCUUUAAUUCCCCCUUUUCAGACAACAGUACCAGCCUCCAGACACAUCAGCCAGUUUUUAUUCAGCUGCUGCAAUCUGCCUUCAGAAUUUACAAUUGUACCUGGCCAAAUCCCGCACAGAAAUCCUCCGUGGAGUCUUGUAUCAGAACUUUGGCUGAAGUGGCAAAGAAUCGUGGGAUUGCCAUUCCGGUGGAUUUGGACAGCCAAGUUAAUACCCUUUUCCUGAAGAGCCAUUCCAGUAUGGUGCAGAGAGCAGCCAUGGGCUGGAGACUAUCUGCUCGCUCUGGACCACGCUUCAAGGAGGCUCUUGGAGGGCCUGCUUGGGAUUAUAGAAAUAUUAUUGAAAAGUUACAGGACGUAGUGGCCUCGUUGGAACAACAGUUCAGCCCGAUGAUGCAGGCUGAAUUCUCAGUGUUGGUUGAUGUGUUGUACAGUCCGGAACUACUGUUCCCCGAGGGGAGUGAUGCAAGAAUAAGAUGUGGUGCUUUCAUGUCCAAGUUGAUUAAUCAUACAAAGAAACUCAUGGAGAAAGAAGAAAAGCUGUGCAUUAAAAUUCUUCAGACUUUACGAGAAAUGCUAGAGAAGAAAGACAGCUUUGUGGAAGAGGGUAACACAUUAAGAAAAAUACUCCUGAAUCGCUACUUUAAAGGAGACUAUGGAGUCGGUAUGAAUGGACACCUCUCUGGAACCUACUGCAAAUCUGCACAAGGCGGAGGGAACUUCUCUGGACAAGAUUCAGAUAAGAUGGGGAUAUCAAUGUCAGAUAUUCAGUGUCUACUGGAUAAAGAAGGUGCAUCCGAACUUGUCAUUGAUGUUAUAGUGAACACCAAAAAUGACAGAAUUUUUUCAGAAGGCAUUUUACUUGGCAUUGCCUUGCUUGAAGGAGGAAAUACACAGACUCAGUAUUCCUUCUACCAGCAGUUGCACGAACAAAAAAAGUCAGAAAAAUUCUUCAAAGUUCUGUAUGACCGAAUGAAGGCUGCUCAGAAAGAGAUAAGAUCAACAGUGACAGUUAAUACCAUAGACUUAGGUAACAAAAAAAGGGAUGAUGACAAUGAAUUGAUGACAUCUGGUCCACGGAUGAGAGUAAGGGAUUCAUCAUUACUUUUGAAAGAGGGAAUGAAAGGGCAAUUAACAGAAGCUUCUUCGGCAACGUCCAAAGCAUACUGUGCGUACCGAAGGGAAAUGGAUCCGGAAAUAGACAUUAUGUGUGCAGGAUCAGAAGCAGGAAAUGCUGAGGAAAAGUCUGCAGAGGAAGUAACGAUGAGUCCUGCAAUUGCCAUCAUGCAGCCCAUACUGAGGUUUCUUCAGUUGCUAUGUGAGAAUCACAACCGGGAACUGCAGAACUUCUUGAGGAAUCAAAACAACAAAACAAAUUAUAACCUCGUCUGUGAGACCCUUCAGUUUUUGGACUGCAUUUGUGGAAGUACCACGGGUGGCCUGGGCCUGUUGGGUCUCUACAUCAAUGAGAAGAAUGUAGUGCUGGUCAACCAGACUCUGGAGAGCUUGACGGAGUAUUGCCAGGGCCCAUGCCAUGAAAAUCAGACGUGUAUUGCUACUCAUGAAUCCAAUGGGAUUGAUAUCAUCAUUGCUUUGAUUCUAAAUGACAUAAACCCUCUUGGUAAAUAUCGAAUGGAUCUGGUGCUCCAACUAAAGAACAAUGCCUCUAAGCUUUUGCUGGCCAUUAUGGAAAGCAGACAUGACAGCGAGAAUGCGGAAAGAAUUCUUUUUAACAUGAGACCCAGGGAACUGGUGGAUGUGAUGAAGAAUGCCUAUAACCAAGGAUUGGAAUGUGACCAUGGGGAUGAUGAGGGCGGAGAUGAUGGUGUUUCCCCAAAAGAUGUUGGACACAAUAUCUACAUCCUGGCCCAUCAGUUGGCUCGUCACAACAAACUCUUACAGCAGAUGCUCAAACCAGGAUCGGAUCCAGAUGAUGGGGAUGAAGCCUUAAAAUAUUAUGCCAACCACACUGCACAGAUUGAGAUUGUUCGGCAUGAUAGGACAAUGGAACAAAUAGUUUUUCCUGUCCCCAAUAUAUGUGAAUACCUUACACGAGAAUCCAAGUGCCGUGUGUUCAAUACAACUGAAAGGGAUGAACAAGGAAGUAAAGUGAAUGACUUUUUCCAGCAAACAGAAGAUCUCUACAAUGAAAUGAAGUGGCAGAAAAAAAUCAGGAAUAACCCUGCACUGUUCUGGUUCUCGAGGCACAUAUCCCUCUGGGGGACCAUAUCCUUCAACUUGGCUGUGUUCAUCAAUUUAGCUGUUGCUCUCUUCUACCCAUUUGGGGAUGAUGGAGAUGAAGGUACACUUUCUCCGUUGUUCUCAGUUCUUCUUUGGAUAGCAGUUGCAGUCUGCACAUCUAUGCUGUUUUUCUUCUCCAAGCCUGUGGGUAUUCGACCAUUUCUUGUGUCAAUAAUGCUCAGAUCGAUAUAUACAAUAGGUCUUGGGCCUACGUUAAUACUUCUUGGUGCAGCUAAUCUUUGUAAUAAAAUAGUGUUUCUGGUGAGUUUUGUGGGCAAUCGUGGCACUUUCACCCGAGGCUACCGAGCGGUCAUCCUGGAUAUGGCCUUUCUCUACCACGUGGCCUACGUCCUGGUUUGCAUGCUGGGCCUCUUUGUCCAUGAAUUCUUCUAUAGCUUCCUGCUUUUUGAUUUGGUAUACAGAGAAGAGACUCUGCUUAAUGUCAUAAAGAGUGUCACACGGAAUGGCCGCUCCAUUAUUCUAACUGCAGUCCUGGCUCUCAUCCUUGUCUACCUGUUUUCCAUUAUUGGGUUCCUUUUUCUGAAGGAUGACUUCACAAUGGAGGUGGAUAGGCUGAAAAACAGAACUCCUAUUACAGGUAGUAAUGAAUUUCCCACUAUGACUUUAACUUCAACGAUGGAAACAUGUAAAAAGGACAACUGCUCACCCACAAUACCCGCUUCGAAUACAGCUGAUGAAGAGUAUGAGGAUGGAAUUGAAAGGACAUGUGAUACUCUCCUUAUGUGCAUCGUCACAGUCCUGAACCAGGGCCUCCGGAAUGGCGGCGGUGUGGGAGACGUUCUCAGAAGGCCAUCAAAAGAUGAACCCUUGUUUGCUGCCCGAGUGGUGUAUGACCUUCUUUUUUAUUUCAUUGUCAUCAUUAUUGUCCUUAACUUGAUUUUUGGUGUUAUCAUUGAUACUUUUGCUGAUCUCAGAAGUGAAAAACAGAAAAAAGAAGAAAUUCUAAAGACAACUUGCUUCAUCUGUGGACUUGAGAGGGACAAGUUUGAUAAUAAAACGGUUUCAUUUGAGGAGCACAUCAAGUCAGAACACAAUAUGUGGCAUUAUUUGUACUUCCUAGUCCUGGUGAAGGUUAAAGACCCAACUGAAUACACUGGACCUGAAAGUUAUGUGGCUCAAAUGAUCGUGGAGAAGAAUUUAGACUGGUUUCCUCGGAUGCGAGCCAUGUCCCUCGUUAGCAGUGAAGGAGACAGUGAGCAAAAUGAGAUUCGGAACCUGCAGGAGAAGUUGGAAUCCACCAUGAGCCUGGUCAAACAGCUGUCGACACAACUGGCAGAGCUCAAGGAGCAGAUGACAGAACAAAGGAAGAAUAAGCAGAGACUGGGCUUUCUCGGAUCAAACACACCCCAUGUGAAUCAUCACAUGCCACCACACUGAUACCAUGGGGGGGAAGCCGUGACUAGCCUUUCAUCAGUGUCCUGCCUGAUCACUGAAUAAAGAACUGAGAUGGAGGGGAGUGAACAGUGCCUAUUGUUGAAAGUUAAAAACAACCAAGUGCCAAGAUGUUGAGUGGUUUAGCUCUGAGAACAAUUUAUAACUGUGUUUCCAUGGUUGAGAAGACCAAACGUAAAAGCUAGAAAGCACACAUCACACAUUCUUAAUGUAACGUGCAGUAGCUUGCUCGAAAUGGAAGGAGAGGAUGGGGGAGGCAGGGUGCAAGGGGGCCACAGCAGGGACAGGAUGACCUUUGGCUAGAUCGGUAAGAGUCGGUUUUGUCUUGGAUGCUGACGGCGACCUUUGUCGCGGUCGUGGGAUUUAUUUCUUUUAAAUACGGCAUAUAGGUUAGCGAUACCGGAAUUCAUACAGGGGCUAAGUUUUCCUAAGGAAAGUAACAGCAAAGAUUAAAAAUGAGGGUUGCAAAGAAAAAUGAUAAUGCUUCCAAACUGUAGCUGUCACAGGGCAAUUUUCUUAUUUAUAAUGUGCAACACAGUGCAUUUCCAGCUCUCGGAACAUAGUGCUUUGGAGUUCGUGCCCCUCGUGCUGAUAGCGCAACUGGAAUGUGAGUGCUUUCUCCCGGAUGCAGCGGGGAUGCCACUGUGGAGCACAAAAGGGGAUUUUCAUAUAACCCGUUCAAAUAUGUUUUAAGUCAUGUAGGGGGGAAGAUUCUAAAAGAUUUGGGGAAGAAAAAGCUGACGGUAAGCCCCGGCGAAGAAUUUUUUUUUUUUUUUUGCGAACAUCUGCAUGCUUUUAAAAUAUAUUGAGAAUAAUAAAUGGAAAUGCUUAAAGGUGACAGGGAAUAUUGAGAAACUUAUGAUGGUCACAUUGCCUUUUAUAAAUAUGGAGUAAAAGCUAUUUGAUUUGUGUUUGCUGUGCUUAAGGAACUGAGUGGUUUUAUUUAUCCUGUCUCUGCAGUUAGGGGGAAAAAAUCCAAGAAAUGUCUUGAAGACUCAAGAAAAUGCAGCUUUUCAAUUGCAGAUUUUAAACUCUAUUGGUAAGAGCUUUUCAGAAGGCAGAAAGAUAAUCAUCUCUUCCCCAAAUUGUUUUUAGGUGAAGUUAUGCAACCAGGAUUUGUGGAGGGAGAAAAUAACCUGCCGUGCUCAUAAUAUUCGUAGAGACUAUACAUUUAGGAUGUUAAAGCAAAAUACGGGUAAUGGAAGAACAGCUGCAUGGUGAGAGGGCAAGGCCCCUAACCCCAGACUCUGGGAGAUGCUUUGCAAAUUGACCUCCGGCCCCCGCCCCGGGAGGAACAAACAAUUACCUCCAGAGUCUUAAAACUCUCAAGUUAUUACCGCCAAGAUUUAAAGGCUGGAUAGGGUUUGCUACGAGUUUAAAGUUUAAAGCCUUUUGGAUUGUUGUCAUUUAGUUUAAAACUGUUGGCUCUUAAAAUUCUCAAAUCAUGGUCUGGGUAGAUUAUAAAGGAUUCCUGAACCCAUCCUUCUCCCACAAUGUUGAAAUGUGGACUUGGAGCGAAGCUGUGGAAACCCAGAGCAACAGUUUCUUAACUGAAUCUACCGGUACUUCCCGCCUCCCACCCCCCACCCCAGUACUUCCCCACGCUAAGAAUUCUUUACUGUGACACCAUAGUAUUUUUCCUUACCAGAAGAGCCAUGAUCCCAAAAUACUAAGAAAUUGGGAUAUAUAUCUGCCUGCAGGACAGAACUUUGAACCUACUAGGCAUUCAACAAGUGUACGAGAAAUUUCACUGUGGCUCAGUGACCCUUAAUGCUUUACUAAAACUUUGAACGAUAUCCCAUACUUGAUUUUUUUUAAAGGGCUUCACCAAACCAAAGUCGGCCAAAGCGGUCAUUGUUUUAAUCCAAGACCAUCAUUGUUAUAACAGUAUUAGAUGAAAGUACACUUUAAAGUAUUUUAAUUAGAGAGUUUGCAGAUGGGGAGAAGAAGAGGAAAUUGGUAAAGAUUGACCCUAUUCCAGGGUAGGAACCCAUAUCUGUUUUAACAUGAAAGAAGAUAUUUUUGAUGUCUGAAUAUCAAGAGAAGAGAUUAAUUUGUCCAAUGAGAGCAACCUGCUUUUCACUUGAUGAACUAUCUAUUCUUUUCUGGGGCUGUGCUAGUUCUUUUUUAUAGUGAAUAAGCCAUUGGGUAUAUAACUGCUAUCGACAAAUGGCCUGACUUGUCCACCUGUUGUCAGGGGCAGCUCACCAUUUCACGGCAUGUUUUCUCGAAUGGGAAGUACCCGAAAGAGAUUGCAACUGACCUCUUACUUGUUCAAAACCGAAAUAUUUCUCAGUUGUGUUUUUCUUUCCUGCCUAGAUACUUAGAGAUUAUAGAGCAAAAUAAAACAAAACAAAAAAGGCACUCUCCAGGCUCUUAAAGUCAUGUCACAAGAAGGUAAUAAUGGGGAAAUUUGACAUUUGAUAUAAGUUCAUACUUGUUAUGUAUAUGUUUGUUAGCGUAACUGUAAUAUUUGACCUAGGCAAGUCUCAGUUAAUGUUUUUAUAUUUAUAUAGUGAUAUUAAAAUGAGUACAGUAAUCUUUGAUUUUGAUGUUAAGGGAAAUGUCUUACUCCUUAGUUAUUAAAAUGCAUGUCAGUUUAAAAGUAUCAGUUUCUGCUGAAUAUAAUUUUUAAUUUCAAAAAGAUUUUAUUCCCCUGCAUGCUACAUUCUGAGGCCCAAGAGUUUAAAGAAAGUAUGUUUCCUAAUUUAUAUCAUUUGAGAUGAGAGAGUGUUUGUAUCAUAUGACUAUAAUAUUAAUAAAUAAAUUAUAUAAAUGUAAAAAUUAUUUUUUCAACCCCUUGAGAAAGUUCAUUUAGAAAGGGCUUAUUUUCUUGCUUACUGAAAUUUUUCUGUUGAAGAUGAAGAUACAGUUUCUAGUGGGUUAUUGAUUAUAUCAGGAAGAUAUUCCAUUCAAGUCAGAACUAAUCAUGUGCUUAUUUCCAUAUUCUCAGCUCACACCUCAUUGUUUUGGCUGCUCUUUUUAGUUUGUGGUUGUUUCAUUACAAACAGUAAUAUGCUAGGGCUCACCCCCUGCCCCCACAUCAGUGGACAGGCUGGUGGUCUGGGGAUUUGGGUGGGGAAGGUGAGGAUUGGAUCUUCGCUAUGUUAGGGAAAAGGGGAGUAAAUGAGAGAUAAUAAGAAGAAAACAGCCAACCCUCCAGAGGCCCAGGGGACGAGCGGGCAAGUUGGUAAAUACUGCACAGGUGUAAUGAUGUAACAGAUUACAGACUCAAGAGCUAACAUUUAAACAUGCCUCAAACAGUGCUCUGUGGAAGAACAGCUGUAAAAGGCAUCCUCCCUCAGCUGUUCUUAAAUCAAUACGGAAUAACCCACAGACCUGUUCCAAUAUGAGUGACACAUGAUACCAUUUGAAAGAGUGAAGCAACCACCUUAAACACAAACACACAUGCCUCUAGGAUCUGGGCAAGUAACGAACCUGGGUGACAUCGUGGGGUGCAUACCAUUUGUAGGGAGUGGGGAAGCUCCGGGGAGCUUUCUAUUUGCAAAAGCUGACAACUAAGUCCAACUUUUAGAAAAUGCCUGAGACUGAUUAAGGCCCUCCAGUCACUCAUUGGCUAUCUGUGAAAUACUCGUUGGUCAAGCUCUGCCAUUUAGUAGAAGAAAACACAAUACCGAAACCGAGCAGAGGUGCUAACAUACAUGUGGAAGUAGAGAGAUCCAAAAACAAAAUCCAAGUAUCAUCUCUGACCUGGAGUGUUUCCACAGACUUGAAUCAUUUAUAAAAAUAUCAUAUCAUGGAAAGCCUGGGUGGCUCAGUCGGUUAAGCAUCUGCCUUUGGCUCGGGUCAUGGUCCCAGAGUCCUGGGAUUGAGUCCCG